AUGGAUGGAGAUGAAAACGAAUUCGAUUUUAUGUCCUUGCUGGCAGACGGCGUAGAUCCAGAGCAGAGUUCUGCUGUGGCAGUUGUUCCUGGGGAGGGCAUAGAUUUUAUGUCCUUGCUGGCAGAAAGCGUAGAUCCAGAGCAGAGUUCUGCUGUGGCAGUUGUUCGUGGGGACGGCAUAGAUUUUAUGUCCUUGCUGGCAGAAAGCGUAGAUUCAGAGCAGAGUUCUGCAGUGGCAGUUGUUCCUGGGGAGGGCAUAGUGGCAAAUCCAUCACAGCCUGCAGUGGUGGAGCAGACAAGCACACCUGGUGCUGUCUUUGACUGGUUGGAUGAAAGGCUAGUGUUCGAACAGCGCAUUGUGGGAACACCCUUGGCUGAUCAUGUGUCUCCGCAUCCCUGCUUGGUUCAGCUUGUGGACUACUUACGUCAAGGGCGUAAGAUUCAUAGCGACGAUGAUGAUUCAGUGAAUGGGAAGCGAUUCCGAGCGUCGUUGAACUUUUUGGGGUGCCUACAGUCUCAGUGGGCAGUCAAGAUGCUGUCGAUCACCAUUGAAGGUUCUAAAAUCCUGACUCAUUAUUGGAUGUCCUGCUUGAACAACAGCAUGCGUUUGGGUUCACGCCCGCCACUUUACAAGGUAUUGGACCCCCGAAGCAGCAUCUUGACACAGGCUUUGCAAUACUAUGCUUCCUUACUGUUCAAUGUUUGUGGCGGUGGCAGACUUUUAUUUUUGUGGACUGGCUCUGGGUAUACUUCAUAUGCAGAUUUUUGCGCAUGUCAACCUGAUCGCGUGCGGGAUAUUCGCAGAACAUUCAUGCUUUGUGCAGCAUGGAUAUACAGAAGGCAUUUUGCUUACUUGCAUCGAGACAUGUUCAGCAUCACUCUAGUUGGAGAUCCUGAUGCGUACCCUGGAAUGUGUGAUGAAGUGUUGCAAGCCUGGGAUCGAAAGCACAUAUGCUGUGUGCCGUCAGGCUUUGCUCGGGACCUGAAGAAAGACGGCAUUACUUCCAAGGAACUUAUGUCAACUGGUUGGAGAGAAACAAUGUUUUGGACAGCCUCCACUAUCCAGCUUUCCUGUGCUGAUAUUGAAGCGCUCCAUUCCCAAAACCGAGCGUUAGCUGGCUCAGCGUUCCAUUCAAUUUCUUCUUGCUACAUCAAUUCAGAAUCGAACAGGUUUGCAAAAGAGGCGUUUGACAUCCAAAGUGCCAGCCACAAGAAGACUGUUUCAAAGGAUGAUGCGUUGUUGAAUGGGGGUGCCAAGCAUGAGUGUAUUGGUAGCAUCAUGGUGAAAGAUUGUACUGGGAAGAAAGCAACCCCGAAGGGCAUGUCACCUUUGGAACUGUUUAGAAAGCACUACAUCAAGACCUACUCUUCUGCUGGUACAUUGAACCCAUGCAGCAAAGAAUGUUGGGCUGAUGUCAAACAGAGGUGGGCCGAGCUGAGCAAAGAGGAGCAGGAUUUGUACAGAGCACUUUCGGAGCAAUCAGCAGUAGAUGCUCUUGCUAUGCGGGCAAGACGAGAUCAGGCAAAAGGUUCCACUGACAACAAGUCUGCUUCAGGUUCUGAUUUGCCAGUGGUUGCAAACAUGGAUUUUCCAGCAAUCCAUGCACAAGCACUACCACUGUCACAGGUUUGUGAACUUGUUUCAUCGCCGGAUGCGUUGCAGAAAGCAUUGAGGGAUGAACUUGAAACUUCAAGCGCAAUCCCAAAGUCACGGUUUCCUCUUGGUGAAGAAGCAUUGGAGCGCGCGUGGCAGAGUCAAAAGUCUAAGGGGAUUUCAGGGAAAGAAUCUAUCAAGGCUUUCAGAGUUGAAAGUGAACGUAUUGCUCGGCCUUCUGAUGAUGACACUUUCCCAUCCAAAGUGACCCAUGAAAGCUGCUGCGGAGAACAGUGUCGUCACUUUGCUGAUCGACGCCGAGUUGCGCUACAUUCUCAAUUGCUGCGACAAUUUGGUGAGAUUGUUUCCCACAAAGGGGGUGUCAAGCAUGUUGUGCUUGCCGAUGUGCUAUGUGACUUGGACCUUGCCGAUCGACCAUUUAUUUCGUUAUUUCAGUUUUUAUCACAUAUUGGGAAGACUUGCUUCAACUUUGGCUAG